AUGGUGAACUGGGCUGGCGACACGCAGCCGAGCGUCAGGUCGUGUGUGAGUGAGCAGACGGUGAGCAGCGUCCCUGCGCGGCGGAGAACGACUCGGUCGACGACGGCAGCAACGCACGCCGAGGGAGUCGCCGACGCCCUCUCUGCUGUGAGAGUCUACCGCGAGAACACGACCAUCGUCGACCGCGAGGAGAAGGUCCUCCUGGCACAGCUGGAGGGCAACGAGGCGCUCCCUUCGUCCCGCUCGGCAAAGUCUCACCUCGGCGAGCGAUCAUCUUGGGGCUCCUCCACCAACGGCCGCUACUCGCGCCUCGGCGACAUGGAGGCGGGUGCCAUCGCUGAGGUCGAUGAGGCACUCUGUGAGGGCUGCGUGCCCACCGACCACUCGUGGGUCUGGCCAACUCCCCCCGCGGAAGACCGCGCGUAG